ACUAUAUGCGAGGUCUUGUUUUCAUCGAGUACUGCGCGGUUUGUGUGUUUGCUGACUUAAACACUCGGAACAGCAGGCAACACGCAUACGUUCAGUGACGCUGCUCCCACAAACCCUGCAGAAUGAACUGCUCUGAAGAUACUGAAGAACAAAAAGAGUUGAUUGAAGAAAAUAAUGAGAAUAAAGAAUUGAGUGAAAUUGAGGAGAAAAAUAAUGCCAAAACUGGAGAAAAACAUUUGAGAUGCUCUCAAACCAAACAGAAAGAUUUAAAGAAAGGAGGAGCCCAGAAAUCUGUCACCUGCACUCAGUGUGGAAAGAGCUUGACAAGCAAAUAUAGUCUUGAUGUUCACAUGAGAGUUCAUACUGGAGAGAAACCAUUCACAUGUGAUCAAUGUGGGAAGACAUUCAAACAAUCAGCAAGCCUUAAUAGACACAUGAACAUCCACACUGGAGAGAAACCAAACAAGUGUUCAUACUGUGGCAAGAGAUUCAGUCGGUCAGAAAUCCUGAAAACACACGAGAGGAUCCACACUGGAGAAAAACCGUACACAUGUGAUCAGUGCGGGAAGCGUUUUGCACAAAGAGGACACCUUACAGAGCAUAUGAACAUCCACCCUGGAGAAAAACCUUACAAGUGUUCUCACUGUGACAAGAGAUUCAAUAAGUCAGGAAUCCUGAAAAAACAUGAAAGGAUCCACACUGGAGAGAAACCGUACAAGUGUUCAGACUGCGACAAGAGAUUUAAUCGUUCAGCAAAUCUGAAAGCACACAAGAUUGUCCACACUGAAGAAAAACCAUACACUUGUGAUCAGUGCGGGAAAAGUUUUGCACAAAGAGGACACCUUACGACACAUAUGAGAGUUCAUACUGGAGAGAAGCUGUUCACUUGUGAUCAAUGUGGCAAGAAUUUCAAACAGUCAUCUUAUCUUAAAGGACACAUGAACAUCCACACUGGAGAGAAAUUGUACGCAUGUGAUCAAUGCGGAAAAACAUUUUUGUGGGCUUCAUACCUGAAGAAGCACCUGAAAGUUCAUAGAAAGGAGAAGCCAUAUUCGUGUUCUUUAUGCGAGAGGAGUUUUUCACGUCUAGCACAUUUAAAAGAACAUCAGAAAAUACAUACUGGUGUAAGAGAGUACAUGUGCUUUGAGUGUGAAAAGACUUUUACUUCAGCCAACAGUUUAAAACUGCAUGAGAGGAUUCACUCCGGAGCAAAACCUUAUGAGUGUUCACACUGCGACAAGCGAUUCCGUUAUCGAGAAAAUCUGAAAACACACGAGAGGAUCCACACCGGAGAGAAACCGUACAAGUGUUUACACUGCGACAAGAGGAAGCUGAAGAGGCUGUAA